CUGCAAGGAGAGGGAGGCAAUGGAAUACCCGAGGAGGAGCUCGACUUCCAUGGGGAGGUGUUGACGCACAUGUGCGGCUACCAUGACAACCACCUCAUCCGGUGGUUGCAGUUCAGGAGCAACCGGAACAGGACGUUCGGACCAUACGGCAAUCUUGGAGAAGACAGAGCUGGAUGGACGCGGUUCGAGGUCUCCAUGGAGCACUCGGGGUCCAUCGUCGGCUUCUGCGGCCGGAGUGGCAACUUCACGGACGCCAUCGGCGUUUACGUCGCCGUCUGGAAUCCCGAGAGGUUCUAUGAUAGCAUGCGCAGGCAGGGCGUCCGCGUUUACCGGGCGUCGCCUCUGCGCAUGGACCUGCGUCAAAUAGAAGAAGAGAAAAAGAAGGAAGAAGUGGAACGUGGGCGCCUACAGAAGGAGAUCAAGGAGGGGCGAGAAAGUCUUCGGAAGUUACGAUUGAAGCUUGGAGUGGAUGUGCCGCAGCAGGAUCAGGAAAUCGUGCAGCAACUGGAACGCGGGCGUCAGGGAAAACGCCAGACAAUAGAGGAGCUGCAAGUGGAGCAUGAGCAACUGGAACGGGAACGAGGGCGCUUGCUUCUACUGCAGCAAGUGGAUGAGCAACUGGAACGGGAAUUGCGCAGACACACCUAUUGAAAGAGUCAGAGGAGUUACGCUCCCGGGUAAAAUAACCGGGACUAAAAAUCCAUCAGGAGCAGUUCCGGUUAUUUUUUUUUCUCAAAUCGA